GUUUGGGGGAAGCUGACGGCGGUGGCCUGGGCGGAGCUGAGAGGCGGUGACGCCAGCCGGAAGUGCCGCGGUGAGUGUCAUGGAGACAGGUGAGAGCAGCAGGUGCCAGCUUCUGGAGCUGCCCUGGGAGGAUGUGCUGGUUCCCCAUGUCCUGUGCCACCUCCCGCUGUGCCAGCUGGUCUGCCUGCAACGGGUUAGCAAACAGUUCCACACCUUGAUCCAGCUUUACUUGGCAAACUACCACACUCUGGACACCUCGCAGGUCGGGACUACCAUCCCUCAACAUGCUUUCUGCAAAAUACUGAAAGACAACACAGUACUUCACCACCUGAUGGUAGGGAGCUGCUCUGAUUGGCUGACGGAUAGUGAACUCCUACCAGUGAUUGGUCAGAAUCAUCACUUGGAGAAGGUUGACAUCACGGGCUGCCGAGGUCUCAGCCGACGGUCUCUGGUUGCCUUGUCCCUGAGCUGCCCCAACCUGCGGCACCUUUCCCUCAGGCAAUGCGACUGGGUGGAUCCCCUCUCCCUGCGGAGCCUGGCUGAUCGCUGCUGCCAGCUUCUGUCAGUUGACCUGACUGCCUGCAAGCAACUGAACGACGAAGCCGUCUGUUACCUUGUCCGGAAGUGUCGAAAGAUCAGGUCCCUGUCUCUAGCGGUCAACGCAAACCUCAGUGAUAUCUCGGUGCAGGAGGUGGCGAAACAGUGCAGUGAGCUAGAACACCUUGAUCUGACUGGCUGUCUCCGCCUGAGGAAUGAGUGCAUGAGGACAGUUGCAGAAUAUUGCAGGAAACUCCACUCACUGAAAGUGAACCAUUGUCAUAACAUCACUGAAGGGAGUUUAGAAGUUUUGCGCAAGAGAGGAGUGGACAUUGACGUGCAACCACCGCUCCAGCGAGCACUUGUCCUUCUGCAGGAUGUUGUGGGUGUUGCUCCAUUUAUCAACCUUCAGAUCUAAACUAUUCAGCUGAACUGGUUCUCCCUUCUCCUAUCCCCACGCCCCAGCCCCACUCCCCCUCCCCACAAACACAUACAUGCACUCAAAACUCAUGGUGGUUACGUAAACUUAGAUUAAAGUAGAUGGUGUAAUAUUCCAGCAGUGAACCGCUAAUCCUUUGUCAAAUGUUACCGUAUCACCAUUGCAAUAACUCAUCGCUCAGCGUGACAGUAGAUGAAAUCAACACCAGUUACUGACAUCCUGUUCAGGAGUGGGUUGCUGUGGUGCAGAGUCAUUGAGACUACAUUCCUUUGUAAAUUAUUUUUGGUACUUUAUAUUGAGUGUGGCUAUGUGGACUGCGAUGGUAUUGCUUCUGUUUACAGACUGAACUGCAUUAGCCUGAACAUUAACAGUGAAUCAACGGUCCUGUCCAUCUGACUCAUCUAAAUAGGUCUAAGUAUUUAUUCUAUUUGAGGUUAUUUUUAAAAGAGGUUAUGUGGUCUGCAAGGUACAGGUGGAGCAUUUAUACAUAGUACAGUAUAACUGAUGACUAGUAAUAAUAGUCAAUGGAAGGCAUAGCAACAGAGGCAUGUGAAGGUGACUGUGUUAAUUUGAAGCAGAAGUAAUAAAUUUAUUUAAACAAAAUUAGUAAUGCAACAGGUAAAUCCAGGACCAAGUGCAUUUAUUACAUCCUGCAAAAAGACAGGUUUACGUAUUAACACAUUUCACCUGCAGCAUGUGUUCAAAAUCAUUUAAGGUUGGAUUUUUGGCUGGGAUAAAAAUGGUGGUGGCAAAUGGUUGGACAUCUUCAAGGAAGAGCCACAGGCUACCCUUGAGGAUUGUUUGGAGAAGGUGAGAAUAUCCACAGUGAAACGUUGAUGGGGAUUGGAGCCUUUGAAAUCAUGCAAGUGGCAGAAGAGACACACGGAUGUGUAAACCCUGCACAAUAGAGGAUGCAAGAGUCGAGACACCAGAGAAUUCAUCAGGGGGAAUAGGAGCAUCCUGGAACAAUUGAAACAAGAUUAUUUUUUGUAUCUUGGAGUGAAGGUACAAAUGAGCUGUGCCUGGCUUCAGGACUCACAUUUAAGCCAGAAAACUCCCUACUGUUAAUAGCUUGGGAAAUAAUUUGGUAGUGAGGUUAUGGUCAUAGAGUUGGUCUCACUGAUUUUCUUGGAACAGACAGAUGAGCUUCAAGAGCCACUUGUAGCAAUGCCCCAUCUACUGGCACAGUGGUUUAGUGGUUAGCACUGCUGUCCCACAGCACCAAAGACACAGGUUCAAUUCCAGCCUUAGGCAACUGUCUGUGUGGACUUUGCACGUUCUCCUUGUGUCUGUGUGGGUUUCCUCCUACAGCCCAAAGUUGUGCAGAUUGGCUGUGCUAAAUUGCCCAUAUUGUUCAAGAUUUGUGUCUAAUAAGUAGGUUAGAGGGAUAUGGGUCUGGGUGCGAUGCUCCAAGGGUCAGUGCUGAUUUAAACCAAUUAAUGUUCUGAUACAGCGAUAUUGUCAAAAGGCAUGAAGUGUUUUUCUAAUGAUUGUUUGUAGCCUAGUAGCAAACUGCACUAGUGUAUCAGAGCCAACAGUGUGUACCAGGGCCUGCUCUGCACUAUAGGGAUUCUGUUCUACCUUUUCACAAAGUUAUCUUGAUUCUCCUCUUUAUACUGUGAAUUUGCACCCUAAAUUCACCUUCUUCAGGAACUAUUUCACUGUCUACACUUUUAGAAAGGCAGUCAACUUACCCUGCACUAGUUUAAGUCUGUAAUAACUGAUCCCUAAUAGUCGCCUGUUGGGAGUAGGCCUUUCAAUUUGGUCAUGGCUGAUCAGUUAACAUUGAUUCCACAAAAGGUGGCACAGAACCACCCACAGCGUUUCCAACACUGGCCAUAGUUCCAGAGUGGCCCAAAUAAAGCACCAAGCAACUCAGUGAUUUCCUAUUCUUUGCAGCCGUUCGUAACAAGUUUUGAUGUCAGCUCUAAAAGGCAUCCCCAGGCUCAGACUAAAGAGGGGGCUGCUAUUUGAUGCACUGCACACGUGCCAGUCUGUAUAACUUACCUCAAAAGGGAGGCAUAAAACACAUUCACUACAAGACCUAUCCCACCACCUGUGCGCCUUCCCCGAAACCCAGCAAAGCUGUCCUUUGAGUAAGUAUGUAUUAUACUUUUGAAUGUUGUGAUUGAAUCUGCUUCCAGCAUCCUGUCAGGCAGCACAUUCCAGAUCAUAAUUCAUGUAAGAAGAAAUUUCUCAAUAUCUCUUCUUUUGGCUAGUUACCUUAAAUCAGUUAAAGGCAAGGUACUGUGAAUGCUGGAGAAACAAGAGGUUUAGCACUGUCUGUGGAGAGAGUAAAACAGUUAACGUUUUGAGUCCAGUAUUACUAUUCAUGAAAAGUCAUGCUAGACUCAGUAGCCAGAGAUAUUGCUCAACUUGAAUUUCUCUAGCAUUUUCUGUAUUUGCCAGUGUACUCUCAUUACUAAUGAUCCUGCCAGUAGAAACAGAUGUUUAUUUACUCUUUGAAACCCUCUUAACCUUAAAUAUCCUGUAAAUUUCCCCUAAUCUUGUCUGCCUAGUGAAUGUCAGCUUCUCUAGUCUCGAGUUCAGCAGUCACUAUCAUUUCUGAUACUGUUCCUUUGCUUCAUCUGAGAAUACAGGUCCCCUCCCUGCCUGAUAGAUGUACAUUCAAUGAUCUUGACAUGAAUAUUUUUAGCGUAAGGAAUUUAUUGUAAAACUAUUUUAGAACUGAAAUGCACAAACAUAAGCUAUUUUAAAAAAGCAUAUCGUCAGAAGGCUGUGGAUCCAUGCCCCAUUCCAGUACUUUGAGACAUAAAGCUGAAACUACAAUGCAGCAUUGAAGGCAGGCUAAACGGUUUGGGCCAUGAAAGAUUACACAUGUUCUCGCUGAUAUUCUGACUAAUGUUUCUAAAAGGCUGGAGAUCCUGACCAACUUUCAGUCCUGGUCACUGCUGUCUAAUGAACAUGCUGCACAAAUUGGCUGCCUUUGUUUGCCAAGAAAUAGCUGAUGCAAAAUAAAGGUGUUGUGGUUAUGAAUCACUUGGGAACAUCCUGGGAAAUGUUAAAGUUUAUUUUCUCACCUGAAUAAUUGAGCUCAAGAACCACAGUACUUACCACCAACAUUCUUAAUUAAGGAUACUGAUUUAAACCAAUUAAUGUUCUGAUACAGUGAUAUUGUCAAUGCCAUGAAGUGUCUUUCUAAUGAUUGUUUGUACAGUAAUGCAGUUUGCUACUAGGCUAUCAGAGCCAGUGUGUACUUGAAGUGACGUGUUGGCUCAGACUAGUUCAGCGAAGAAGGUCCCUUUCCUUGAAGUGCAUGAAAGGUAUCAGGCAGCGUGCUGAUAGCAAAACUAUUAAAAUCCAUUUUAUUACUGAGAAACAACACAGCAAAUUUACUGGGUGUGAACAGUAGUGCCACAGAACAUCAUACACACUGUAAACAUAAGGGAACAAAUUAUAAUAAAAGCAAUACAAAUUCUUUACAGAUUGCCAUAUUCUUUCAAAGACAGGUACAGUGAUUAAAACAAAACUAUCUCUAGCCUCAACUUGCCCCCACUGUUUCAAUCAUUAUGUGCAAAAUCACCUCAUUUUAAAAAUGCUAUGUUAAUAUAAUAUUGUCAACCAAAUUCCAGCUGGUGAGGUAUAGCUCUGGACAGAACGUGACCACAUUUACUGAAAAAUUUUCAUCCUGAUCACUGUGCAUCUGUAACGUGUUCAAACUUUCUUGCUCCUAUUCUUUAACUUUAGUUCUAUUAAUAUAAAAUAGUUUAUAACAACUAGGCUACUCCACUCAAAUUCUUUAAAGGGAAGCAGCUUUCCUGAUUAAAAAUAUACUGUCUUUAGCUCCUCUAACAAGUAGUGAAUCCCAUCUGGAUCAAUUUAUCAAAAAAAGCUCAAUGAUCAUCUCUGUAUACUUGCAGUUAGAGGCAUCUGAAUGAAAUGACUUUACUUUUCCUUUAAGGUGCUCUGUUGGUCAUAGUUGCAUCUGAAGCGAGCUCAAACAGUAAUAAAACAGUUUGACAUUACCAAUGGACUGGUGAUGUGUUCCAUGCUUGACCAAUCAAUUGACAGAGGGACAAUUUUUAAAAAAAUACUCCAUUCAAACCCAGAAAUCUUUACAUCCCAAGGGAGGAGAGUUAAAGAAAAGCUACUGAAGUAUUGACAUCAAGGCUAUGUUUAGAUAAUGCUGUUCUGGAGCAGUGUGUCAGAAUUCAGCUGUACAAUGUUAUUGCAUUUGUAUACCAACAGAUGCAGAGCCCAAGGCUGCAACAGUGCAGUGCUCACAGGAUUGAUGUACAGUGGAAAAAAAUAUUGCUGGGGUCUUAACAAGGAAAUCUGUAAGAAAGAGAAAAAUGUACACUUUGCACUCUUACCCCACCCAUUGUCCACUUCCGAAAGGAAAAGGAUUUUAUCCUUGAGCUGUAUUGGAUACAGGAAACAAGGGAAUGAAGUUAGCCCACGCUGGGACUGAGGAUUUGGCAGGAAGCACUCAGUUGGCAUCUCAGUGGAAUUUAUAUUUCCUGGCAGGUUUAAGGUUGAUGUAGGUUUUCUUCAUUUCCUCACUUGCAGUUUUCUUGACUUCAGUGUAUCGUUCCCCUUUGGUGCUCACCACCUGGUUGUCUAAGUAUCGGAUAAGCUUCUUGGGAGCCUGAUUGGAAGCAGAGGAGAUAGCUCUAUCAGUCAAAACUCAGUCUAGUGGUGCCCAUUUUACUCCCAUUGAAUCCUUGCCGAUGGUAGGCAACAGAAAAUUUGCACAGUUAGACAUGGGAUGUUUUGACGCCUGGUUAAAGCUAGAGCAGAGCAUCUCAAAGUGGGGGUCAGGACCACAUGGGGUUGUGAGCUGAGGCGGUAAUGGCUGAAUUCCCCUCCCUGCGCCACUUCACCUCCUAACACUAACCAUGACAUCUUUUCAAGCCUCAAAGUAGAGUUGUAUUAGGAUUAAUUGUGUGAUGGACUGGGCUACAGCAGGUGUACUUUGCCUUUAAAGCUGGUGUGACUAGAGUGUGUACCAACAUCAAGCUUCCCCCGAGCUCAUACCAUCCAGACAUGGAACUAUUGCAAUUCUUUCGCUGUCACUGGGUCAAAAUUACUUCCUGAUAGCUGUACAGCUGUCCCUGAUCUGCUGGAUAGUGCAAUCAGUAUUUACUGUCAAUUUGGUGAGAAACAAUAUAUUGAACCAAACUGGAUAGCAAAGAGAAUCCCUUUGAAGAAGCUUCUCCCUAUACCCUCUUGCUUACCUCACCCUCUACUAUUUGGACUGUUUCAGCCUGUGCCCAUUGUCCCAGCUUCUCAAAAUUUCUGUAACUUAAGUCCUUCAUCCCAGGGUAACUGUUCUCUGCAUUGUCCCCAGGCCUUGACCUUCUUGCUAAAGUUGUGGUAGCCAGAACAGGACUUAGUAAAUAGGAUAUUUGUCAAGAUUAAUUAGACUUUCUUGGAUUCAGGGGUACCUAUUUCUAAGAAAAAACAUGUAUUCCAGUAACCCAUGUGCUGAAGUAAUCUGAGUGUUGCCUUGGAUUUGACACUUACUAUUGUACUUGAACAAAUAAGAUCAAUUUGUGCUCAAGAUCCAUGAUUUGACAUAUUGGGCACGAUGCUACUUCUUACAAAUUUCUGUCAGAUGUGCACCUGAUCUAACACAGUUGAACUAGAGCAAGAAAUCCUAACUGCACAGGCGGACACGUACUCAUAAACAAGUCGCAAGAUGGUAUAAAGAUCAUUUUGCAAAAUCUUCCUGGACAAGACCUAUCAAAUUAUUCAAAACAUUUUUGCAAAUGAUUUCGUCUAAUUCUUGAAUUAUAAAGGAAAGCUUUUCAAAGUGAUAAACACAACUAAUUAUUUAAUUCAGGUGUGCAAUUCAUUUCUGCAUCUCUUCAUUCAAAGGCCAACCAUAACAUUAACAGCUUAUAGCCCAGAAUUUCCUGUGCCUUGUGUUCUUCAGUGUCCAGCGUCCAUUUAUUAGCAAUUCAGACUUAACGUGUAUGUGCACAAAAUCCCCUUUUAAACUUCCCUCAACUUUUUUUGGUAAAACUAUCAGGCCAUAUUUUCAAUUUUACUAAUCUAUACUCAAAUGAUAAUCGUUACAUCAAGACGGAGGCACUUGGUUGACUUUGCAUCAGAAUAGGUUAAGAUCAGAAUACUAUAGGUGCUUGUACUGACACUCCCUGGAGGGCCAAAUGCUCCUUUUUCCUGUUAGCAGGGAGUUACUCCUGCAAUAUUGCAGUAGUUAUGAAGAAAUGGCAAGUCUUAUGUUUCAUUCAGACUGAAUAGGAGGAGUCAAUUAAAACAAAAGGAAAUGUAUCUGGUGGAAAUCAGCAACAGAAAGAAAAAGAAACAAUAAGCCAGUGAGACCAAUACAGCAUAAUUCAUAAACUGUAAACAGAAAACAAUCUUAUAGCAUUGAAGGAGAAAGCUAUCAACUUAUCUUGCCCAUGACAUUUCUUUGUAAGAACUGUCUAAAUUAAUCUCAAUCUCUACUCUUUUACCCUUA